AACGGGAUGAAGAAGCAAAUAGGGCAGUGACAAAGCGCAACAGUGACACGUGAAACCUGCUUCUGGGGUCAAGAGGCCACGUGAGUUCGGUUGCCAUGGUUAUGGAGGAGCGGCGGAACCUGUGCUUCGGUUAUUGUCACACACGGACUCAGUUGAAGAGCACGCCCGGAAGUGACGACACAGAUUUUGCUGCUGUAAAUGCGGGAGGUCGUGUUUGAGUAAAGUGAGUGAGUCUGUCGAUGGGGAUUUAAAGUUCCAUUGGAAGCAGAAGAAACAUGGCAGCGAAGCGGAAGAGCGACGCCGCGGUUCCCGCCGAGGAGAGCGACCAGCUGCUCAUCCGCCCGCUAGGAGCGGGUCAGGAGGUGGGGCGCUCGUGCAUCAUCCUCGAGUUCAAAGGUCGCAAAAUCAUGCUGGACUGCGGCAUCCAUCCUGGUCUGGAGGGGAUGGACGCGUUGCCGUACAUCGACCUGAUCGACCCGGCUGAGAUCGACCUGCUGCUGAUCAGCCACUUCCACCUGGAUCAUUGCGGGGCGCUGCCCUGGUUCCUGCAGAAGACCAGCUUCAAAGGACGGACCUUCAUGACCCAUGCCACCAAAGCCAUCUACCGCUGGCUGCUGUCAGACUACGUCAAAGUCAGCAACAUCUCGGCAGACGACAUGCUCUACACUGAGACGGACCUGGAGCAGAGCAUGGAGAAGAUCGAGACCAUCAACUUCCACGAGGUGAAGGAGGUCGCCGGCAUCAAGUUCUGGUGCUACCAUGCCGGCCAUGUGCUCGGAGCCGCCAUGUUCAUGAUCGAGAUCGCCGGCGUCAAGUUGCUGUACACUGGAGAUUUCUCUCGCCAGGAAGACAGACAUCUGAUGGCAGCUGAGAUUCCCAGUGUCAAACCAGACAUCCUCAUCACUGAGUCCACGUAUGGGACCCACAUCCACGAGAAACGUGAGGAGCGCGAGGCUCGCUUCUGCAACACGGUCCACGACAUAGUGAACCGUGAAGGUCGCUGUUUGAUUCCUGUGUUCGCCCUGGGCCGGGCUCAAGAGCUGCUGCUCAUCCUAGACGAGUACUGGCAGAACCACCCGGAGCUGCACGACAUCCCCAUCUACUACGCCUCGUCUCUGGCCAGGAAGUGCAUGGCCGUCUACCAGACCUACAUCAACGCCAUGAACGACAAAAUCCGGAAAGCCAUUAACGUCAACAACCCGUUUGUGUUCAAGCACAUCAGCAACCUGAAGAGCAUGGACCAGUUUGACGACAUCGGGCCCAGUGUGGUGAUGGCCUCUCCGGGGAUGAUGCAGAGCGGCUUGUCCCGCGACCUGUUCGAGAGCUGGUGCACCGACAAAAGGAACGGGGUCAUCAUUGCCGGCUACUGUGUGGAGGGCACGCUGGCCAAGCAUAUCAUGACGGAGCCGGACGAGAUCACCACGGUCUCGGGUCAGAAACUUCCUCUGAAGAUGUCAGUGGACUACAUUUCCUUCUCGGCUCACACGGACUACCAGCAGACCAGCGAGUUCAUCCGCGCGCUCAAGCCUCCUCACGUGAUCCUGGUCCACGGUGAGCAGAACGAGAUGGCCCGGCUGAAGGCGGCUCUGAUCCGAGAGUACGAGGACAACGACGAGGUCCACAUCGAGGUCCACAACCCGAGGAACACAGAGGCCGUCACGCUGAACUUCAGAGGAGAGAAACUGGCCAAGGUGAUGGGCUCUCUGGCCGACAGGAAGUGUGCGCAGGGGCAGCGAGUGUCCGGCAUCCUGGUCAAGCGCAACUUCAGCUACCACAUCCUGGCGCCGUCUGACCUCGCAGAGUACACAGACCUGUGUCUGGGCACGGUGACGCAGACCCAGGCAGUCCCCUACACCGGGCCCAUUUCCCUGUUGGUCAGUCAGCUGCGCAGCCUGGCAGGUGAGGUGGAGCAGGUGGAGUCGGCAGAGAAGAUCACCAUCAAGGUCUUCAAGUGCAUCACGCUGGUCCACGAAGCUGGCAUGGUUCUGCUGGAGUGGAUCGCCAACCCGCUCAACGACAUGUUUGCUGACGCUGUUGCCACAGUGGUUCUGGAGGUCCAGUCCAACCCAAAUGCCCAGAAAUUUCUUGAAGGAAGAAGAGAGACGUUUGACAUUGAAAUCUUCACUGAGCGACUGGAGCUGAUGCUGCACGACAUGUUCGGGGAUGAGUGCGUCAACUGCCAGGACAGCAGCAACAUGACGGUGACGGUUGCCGGAGCGACGGUGUCGGUGAACCCCCAGACCAGAGCGGUGACGUGUUCGGAGGACGAGUGUCUCCGCGAGAUGGUGGAAGUGGCCGUCCACCGGCUCUACGACGCGCUCAGCCCCGUCUACUGACCAUGCCCCCUGUGUGAUGUCAUCACCCACCGCUCACUUUUCUACUUUUUUUUAUUGUGGCCAAGAUAAAGUUUUGGCUUGUGACGUUCGCUUCCUUCUGUCCUUCUUCAAAUCAAAGCAUAAACUUUGUAUAAAGCUUUUACUUCUCUGCAACAUAAACAUACAAGCACAAGUUUCAGAAACC